GAACGAGGUUGGGAUACCUUGGAUACCUUGGAUAAUUUGGAUACCUCGGAUACCUUGGAUACCUCGGAUACCUUGGAUACCUCGGAUACCUUGGACACUUUGGAUACCUUGGAUACCUCGGAUACUUCGGAUACCUCAGAUACCUCGGAUACUUUGGAUACCUUGGAUACUUUGGAUACCUUGGAUACCUCGGAUACCUUGGAUACCUCGGAUACCUUGGAUAAUUUGGAUACCUCGGAUACCUUGGAUACCUUGGAUACCUCGGAUACUUUGGAUACCUCGGAUACCUUGGACACUUUGGAUACCUUGGAUACUUUGGAUACCUUGGAUACCUUGGGUACCUCGGAUACUUCGGAUACCUCGGAUACCUCGGAUACCUCAGAUACCUCGGAUACCUUGGAUACUUUGGAUACCUUGGAUACCUUGGAUACCUCGGAUACCUUGGAUACCUUGGAUACCUCGGAUACCUCGGAUACCUUGGAUACCUCGGAUACCUCGGAUACCUCAGAUACCUCGGAUACCUCGGAUACCUCGGAUACCUUUGAUACCUUGGAUACCUCGGAUACCUCGGAUACUUCGGAUACCUUGGAUACCCUGGAUACUUCGGAUACCUUGGAUAAUUUGGAUACCUAUUGGUACCUCAGAUACUUCAGAUCUACUUUACGGUAUAUUAUAAUACUUGAAACUAUCUUACAGUAG